CGGGGCGGGAGGAGGACGCGAGCCGCGGUCGGGGCGCGCGGAGGCGAGACGGAGGGUUCUGUGAGAAGAAGCAACUAAAUAUAAUAUUUUAGGAAGCAGUUGUAUUUACUGUAGUCCUAAUGUUAACUUGUCUGAAGACAAAAUGCCUGUUCACAUAGUUUCUGUAAGCAAGACCUAUAAAGUACCACGUACUACCACUUCACAGAAGAUAGCUUCACAAAAUGCCUUAGCCAGCAGCAAAAUGUUGGGGCAGCAACUGACAUCAAAGGUAUCAGAAAAAGACCAGGACAGUCUUCUGUCGUGUUCCCAGAAUAAGUCUGAGGAAAUAAAUAGGACCUAUGUGAUUUCGGCCUGCAAAAAUGUGGAUGAUGCAUCGCUUACACUGAAACCUCAGGACAGGUUAACGCUCCAGAGGAGAACUAGAACAAGCAAAAAUUUGGCAUCAAGUAGUGAACAAUCUGGUAAAAAUACACCCCAGGGCACAGAGAAUAAGCAAAUGGAGAAAAGGCUUACCCUGCAGAGGCGUGUGAAGAGUGGCUCUGUAGAAAAGAGUACAAUUAAUGGGAAUACCAUGUCUGGUGCAGAAAACAAAGUCUUUGAUCCUGAGGGAAAAUAUAAGAUUGCACUCCAAUGUGAUAUUAGUAAUAAUGAUACCUGUUAUAUUAAACCAAGCUGUAAGUCAGCUGAGAGUCAACAAGUUACAAAGUUGAGUUAUCAGUCUAAUAGCAAGGAUUUGUUUGGCAGUGUUGAAAACAAUGGCUGUGUGCACUCAAAAUGUAGGACAAGCACUGCUGAUGCAAAACUUGAAAAAGAAGUGCCAAUAUCAGAACAAAUAGCUACCUCAAAAUAUGUUAAUCAGAUAUCAGGAGAGCAGCUGAACGAACAAGGUGAUAUAAGAAGAAUGGAUAGAAAGCCAAGGUUACAACAGUUAAAGCAUAACAGCUUGGAAAGACCAAGGACGCCAACAAAAGCUUGGACAGAAGAAUUUAAGCUUACACCAAAGAACAGCACUUUUCAGGUUAAGUCAUCUCUAUCUGCUUCAAGUAAACAAACAGCCAAUCUUCCAACUGUGUCAGGAAAGAAAACAAGCUCUCCUCCUGUGGGUAGAAGUGCAAAAGCAGACGAGAAUGCUGAAAUUCUAGCUGAAAGCAACAGCAUUGAGAAAGAUAUUUUCAAAGUAGAAAACAGUAAAGUCGUCGUAGCUGUGCGUGUGCGGCCUUUCAGUAGUAGAGAGAAAAAUGAGAACUUGCUCCCUGUGGUAUCUAUGAGCGGAUCAGAGACAUCUGUACGAAAUCCAAGCACAAACCAACUCUACAGCUUCAGUUAUGACUUCUCUUUUUGGUCUUUUGACAAGUGUCAUCCUAACUUUGCAAGCCAAGAAAUGAUUUACAAAACUUUGGCAUUGCCACUACUGGAAAGAGCUUUUGAGGGGUACAACACUUGUCUUUUUGCUUAUGGGCAGACUGGCUCUGGAAAAUCAUACACGAUGAUGGGCUUUGGUGAAGACCGGGGGAUAAUUCCAAGACUUUGUGAAGAUCUUUUCACUCGGAUAGCACAGAUGGACCAGCAACAGGUCUUGUAUCACCUUGAAAUGAGCUAUUUUGAAGUUUACAAUGAGAAAAUUCAUGAUCUCCUUGUCUUCAAAGCUGAAAGCAGACAGAAGAAACAGCCACUUCGUGUAAGAGAACAUCCAGUGUUAGGACCAUAUGUGGAAGACCUAACAGUGAAUGUUGUCAGUUCUUACUCAGAUAUCCAGAGUUGGCUUGAACUGGGAAAUAAGCAGAGAGCAACAGCUGCUACAGUAAUGAAUGACAAAAGUUCUAGAUCUCAUUCUGUCCUCACUCUUGUUAUGACACAAACCAAGGUAUUGCUGGGUGUGGAUGAAGAGCAACGUGAUCACAGGCUUACCAGCCAUGUAAAUCUAAUUGAUUUAGCUGGCAGUGAAUGCUGCUCUACAGCUCAGACCACUGGAGAAAGGCUGAAGGAGGGUGUGAGUAUUAAUAAAUCACUGUUAACCCUUGGAAAAGUCAUUUCUGCACUCUCCAAGCUGUCACGAAAUGGGAAGAAAACUUUCAUUCCUUACCGGGAAUCUGUCCUUACUUGGUUAUUAAAAGAAAGCCUUGGUGGAAAUUCACAAACUGCUAUGAUUGCCACAAUAAGUCCAGCUGCCAGCAGUACAGAAGAAACACUCAGCACUCUUCGCUAUGCAAAACAAGCAUGUUCAAUUAUCAACGUGGCUAAAGUAAAUGAAGAUGUGAAUGCCAAGUUAAUCAGAGAGCUGAGAGCUGAAAUUGAAAAACUGAAGGCAGCUCAGAAGAGUGCUCAGAACAGGGAUCCUGAAAAAUACAGACAUUAUUUGCAAGAAAUAACAUCUCUGAGGAUAAAAUUGCACCAGCAGGAAAGGGACAUGACAGAAAUGCAAAGGGCUUGGAAAGCGAAAUUUGAGCAAGCAGAAAAAAGAAAGCUAGAAGAUAUAAAAGAAUUACAGAAAGCAGGAAUUGCAUUCAAAAUGGACAAUCGUUUACCAAACCUUGUCAAUCUGAAUGAAGAUCCCCAGCUUUCUGAAGUGCUGCUGUAUAUGAUUAAAGAAGGAGAAACUACAGUUGGAAGGUAUACAGCAAAUUCAAAACAUGACAUCCAGCUUUCCGGCGUACUAAUUGCUGAUGAUCACUGUGUUAUAAAAAAUACUGCCGGCCAUGUGAGUAUUAUUCCACUGAGAGAAGCUAAGACAUACAUAAAUGGGAACUGCAUUGUAAACCCAACAGUUCUGCAUCAUGGUGAUCGAGUGAUCCUUGGUGGAGAUCAUUACUUCAGAUUUAAUCAUCCAGUAGAGGUUCAGAAGAUUAAAGGGCCGUCCUGUGGAACUACACUUCUGCACGAUGGUCCGAAAGACUUUGAAUUUGCGAAGAAUGAGCUGCUUGUUGCACAGAGAGCACAGCUUGAAUCAGAAAUUGAAGAAGCACGACUCAAAGCCAAGGAAGAAAUGAUGCAAAGUGUCCAAAUCGCAAAAGAAAUGGUUCAACAAGAACUGACAUCACAAAAAGAAGCUUAUGAAAGCAAAAUAAAGUCACUGGAAGCAGAGGUGAGGGAAGAAUCUCGUAAGAAGGAAAUGCAAGAACUGAACAAUCAAAAGGCUGCAAGUAAAAUACAGGAAUUAGAGAAGGCAAAGCAAAAUCUUGAGCUAGAACUACACUUCAACAAGAAGCGCUUGGAAAUGGAGACCCUAGCUACUAAGCAGGCUUUAGAAGAUCAUACUAUUCAUCAUGCAAAAAUACUUAAAGCUCUAGAAGAUGAGAAACAGAAGAUUGCUGAAGAAAUUCAAAACCUUCAGAAGAAUCGUGCAAGUGGGAAUAGAACUGUGAAUACUCCUCUUAACUGGAAUUCUUUGAAGUUAUCUGUGAUGAUCAAAGAGGCCAACACCAUUAGUAGUGAAUUAGGGAAAAACACUAUUUUUAACAGGCAUGACAAAAUUGAUGAUAAAACAGGAUUGGUGUCUUCUGUCCAAGUACAGGUUCGUAACAUCAAACUGCGCAUAGCAACUUUCUGGAGCCUGGAGAAAUUUGAAUGCAAACUAGCAGCUAUGAAAGAACUCUAUGAGAGUAAUGAUAGCAAUAAAGCUGCUGAUGUAUUUUAUGACCCUGCUGAUGAGUGGGAACCUGACCUUUCAGAUGCCUCAGUUUCUUCUCUUUCUGGAAGAAGAAGUAGGAGUUUCAUGAAGAACAAGAGAAUUUCUGGAUGUUUGUCUGGUAUAAAGUUGCAGCCAAUGCAGAACACACGAGCAUCCUAUAUAUCAGGUGCACAGAAUAAAUCCAGCAUAUGCCCAAACUUUUUUGAUUCUCUUCUUCCGGGAAUUUGCAAAGAAGCUGUAAGUUCAGCUUUAGAUUUACUGGAACAGAAUCAUGAAGGAGGAAAGAGCAUUGCUGAUCAUCUCCUGAGUAAUUUGUUUACAAUUUCUUCAGGAGUUUCUGCCAUUUCUAAAGCCUAUGAGCAGCAAGAUGAAGACUGUCAAAAAAAUUUUAUCUCUCUUGACCAUGAUGCUCAUUUGUACGGCAUAAAAAUUACCUCUGCUUUUGACCAGCUUGUGGUACUGAUCAAGACUUGGCUUAACAAUGUGCAGAAGUGCAUUGGAUCUAUGAAGACUAAUGAAGAAAUAAAACAGGAAGUAAAGAACUUGGGAGGUUAUUUACAGUUACUGUUGCAGGGAUGUUCUUCAGAUAUAUCCUCAAUGGUAACAGAAGCACAGAGCAAAGUCAACGAAGCAGUAAAACAGACGAUGAAAUGCAUAGGACACCUGGCUGUAUUCACGAGAACUGAUAUUUCCUUUUUUGAAGAGAACACUAUUUCUACAGUCAGUUUACAGGACUUUAUACGUGCUGUUCACGAUGGAGUAGGCUCAGGGCUGGAGUUGCUUACAAACACUGUACAAGAAAAAGCAAGAAUGAUGCAGAAAGAACUAGUGAAACAAUAUCCACAAAAUGAGAUUCAAAGUCAAAUUAAGGAUAAUGCUGUGGCUUUGGCCAGAUUCCUUGAAAGUAAUGUCUCUCAUUGCAGAAAGGAAAGAAUACAGUCUCACUUAGCACAAGAAGAAUGGCUAUCUCAGGAAAUAAAGAGAAGCACUAACAUCGCUGCGAAAUAUGUGGAACUGGAGCGGUGUCUAUCUGAAGUGCAUCAGAUUGUUUCUUCUACCUUACAAGGGUCGUUCAGAAAUACGAGCCAGCUCAGGAGCUUUGCGGGAGAGAUUUCUAUCAUAGCUGGAUAUUUUAACAAUUAUUUCAGUUUACUUGCAUUGUCUUCUGCUUCUGCAAACAAUCCUUUCCAGAAAACAACAAUGCCGUUUAUGAACUUAGAUGAAUUGGACUGUCUUGUUGAUUCACUUAUUUUGAGUUUUGAACUUGAACAAGGACAGCUAAAACCGAGAUCUCAGGUUGCUUGUAAAGAAACUACUGAGACUGAAGGAAGACGAGUUGAAACAGGUGAAGCAGAACUUUCUUGGAAACAGAAGGGAGUUCCAAAACAUGCAUAUAAACUCCAGUCACCACCUGCACUUUCAGGGGAGCUCUCACCUGAUAGGGUGAUAGAGUGGGUAUAAAAUACUGCUAUCAAGAAUUCAGGGAAAUGUUUUUUCUUUCCGUGAAGUGAAGGUAACAUAUUACUGAAUGCUAAUACAUACUGCAGUAUUGGUUAGUAAAUAGUAUGAAAAUAAUAACUUUGUUGUAUGAUAUUAAGUGCCUAGAAUUUCCCAAGGAAAAAAAGAAAUUUAAGACAGAGUUUAAAAUAUAGUUUUUUUUGUGUUAAUAAAAAAAGGAAUUUUCUAUUCAAUAAGCUUAUAAUAAAUAAUUAAAUGCAAAAGUUUGGGGGGAAAAAAGCGAUGAACAACCAAAGAAAACAACACUGAAAUAGAACUUGAUAUGAUGUGAAGAUACUAAAAACUGUUGGGGGAAAAAACAGGGAACAGUAUAAACAUGUUAGGACACUGCAUCUUUUCCUUUUAUGCCUUCAACUUAGGUGCCUAAAGUUAGGAGUAAGGGCAGUUGGGAAUAAGUUAGAUGAUACGGGUACCUAUUUUUAUUUUUUCUUAACAUUGUUCUUCUCUGCAUUAUGACCCAGUAGGGCUACAGCAGCUGGAAGGUGUUUUUUAUGCCUUUCACUGAUUGAAAUACCAACUUCAUUUAAAAAGCAGACAAAAAAAAAAAAACAAAACCAAAAACUUUUGUGCUUGUUUAUGUAGGGGAAAGAGAUAUCAAAUAGCAUUGUCAAGUAUUUUAUAAAUCCUUUAUUUUAUUGUAGUCUAUUGAAAAAUCUGGUCUUGAAGUAGCAGUGAUGAUGGUCUUCAACUCUGAAGCAAGUUCAUGUUGUGUUGCUAGAAGUUAUGUUUGCUCAACUCAGUCUGAGUGUUAUUCAUAGCGAACUAGAAGCAUAGCAUUUAGUAAAGUCAUCCUUUGAGGCCGUGGAGUGUUGCACAACUUACAAGUAAAAGUAGAGCGUAAGAGUAUUACAGGCAUAGGACUAGAUGAGGUUCAAGUUUCACACAUACAGAGUGAAAAAUGAGGCAAAGAUAGAAAGUAACUGACUGAAUUCGUGCACGUCUACCUCCUUCACAAGUGUUGUGUAAAUCUAAGGGACUCUGUAUAUGUAUAUGUAUGUGUGUGUAUGUAUACAUAUACAUGAGUUACUUAGAUUUGUAACAGAAACUUAGAUUUAUAACAAAUAUAACAGAACUCCCACUGAUAAAUGCAGAAGGGUUUCACCCACAUCACUGAUUUUUAGAAGAUUGUGCUCUAUUGAGCACAAUAUGAUUGACUGCUUUCUCAUCCCAUAUUUGAUUGGCUUACCGUUCUGCCUCAUUCUGAGGUAUAAUUUCUCUAGAAAUGUAUGUUGUGUUCUGGCCUGGACUUAACUGUGCUACUUUCGGAACUAUUUUAAAGAACAUGGGUGUUUGUUAUACAUCAGUAUUUUGUAUUCCUUUGUGACUUUUACUGGGAUGUGGUUUGUUAAAAGAAUGGGGAACAGAUUUACAUCUUAGCCCUUCUUGUGGAUUAUUUCCUGCACUUUUACUUAUAGAAUGAGGGGAGCAUUACAAACAACGGAGCUCUGCUAGGCUGAAAAAUGGCAUUUCCAAUCAGCUACUUCCUUCUGCUUUUUCCCCAUAGAUAUUCUUUAACCACUUAGCUUUAGUCUGCUUGUUAGAGCCAGUGAAAACUAACAGAAAAUAUUCAUUCUUUAACACUAGAUUCCAGGAGACCUGGGCUUAGCACAUCUUACAAUAGUGUUAAGAAAAUUAGGAUCUGAAACAUAAAUAUUUUCUUUGAUAUCAAAGCUUGGAACCCAGAUAUUCAUACCUAUCGUCUUCACCUGUGAGGGAAAGUGUGCAGCAUCUUGAGAACGUUGGUCUUUUAGAACAGUUCAGGCUUUUAGAAUUAUUUUCUAUGAAUGGGCUACAGUGAUGGGAGUCAAUCAUGCUUUUUCUCUGAAAAUAAAAUGGCUGUUAUUUGGCAUUUUUGCACUUUUCUGCUUUGGAGGGAAAUGUAAUCAUGCUGAAUUAGUAAUGUAUUAUCUGAAAGCUAGUGUACCUUACUACUUUGUCCAAAAACGUCUUGCAGUGCUGUGCUACCAUCAAAAUUAUGUAUUUAUUGUAUGCACUAAUGUGUUCCUCAGUGGAGAUGUGGUAUUGCUUAAUCGCUUUUUUACUGCAAGAGCUUUAUUAGACUUUUCAGAGGCUAACAAAGUAUAUUGAGUUAUCCAGUUUUUGUACUUUUUUGAGUGAAGAGGAACUUGAUGUACAAGUACUUUUGGAAAUGUGUAAUUUUGUAUUUGGCUGGAGGUUUUUAAGUACUGUAACUGAUUUUUCUGAAUCAUUUACAUCUGUGCUAAUGCUGUAGAGAAUGAAUCUAGAUCAUUUGUAACUUAUUUUUACAACUUUAAAUGUAAAUUCCUUUUUGGUUUUCUUCUGUAUAAAGUUGCUUUUGAUACCUUC